AAAAAUAUAGUGUGAUUAUGAGGUGAAGGUGAAGCAUCCAUAUGAAUUAUUAAAAAUAUAUGAUGAUAAUACCAGAACAUUUUGUAGUAUCAACAUUAUCACCCUUUGCAAUAAAUUUGUCUUUUGCCGACACCCUCUUGUGUCUGCUACAUGCAUGUAUUAGAUGAUUUACCCUACUCAUGUAUCCUUCACCCAAAAAAAAAAUAUCAAUAGCACUUAAAAGAAUUAUUAAUUUUGCUUUGCCUCUGCUUCCUCAAGUUUCACUACCUACUUGAAUUUUCAUUAACCAUUAUCUUGACAUGUCCGAUUGCAACGAUGAAAGAAGAGACAAUUCAGAGGAUGAUAAGUGGAAAAAAAUGGGAAGUCUUAAAAAGAAAGCAAUAAAUGCAUCUUGCAAAUUGAGGCAUUCUCUUAAGAAGAAAAGAAGCAGUAAAAGUGGGAGUAGGAGCAAUUCCCUCUCCAUUGAAGAUGUUCGACAAGUUGAGGAGCUUCAUGCAGUCGAUGCAUUUCGACACAAACUUGUAUUAGAUAACUUGCUUCCUCCAAUACAUGAUGACUAUCAUAUGUUAUUAAGAUUCUUGAAAGCAAGGAAGUUUGAUAUUGAGAAAGCAAAGCUCAUGUGGGCCAACAUGAUCCAAUGGAGAAAAGACUAUGGUACAGAUACAAUUAUUGAGGAUUUUGAUUUCAAGGAGUUGCAAGAAGUCCACAAGUAUUAUCCACAUGGUUAUCAUGGUGUGGAUAAAGAAGGAAGACCUGUUUAUAUUGAGAGGCUAGGGAAAGUUGAUCCCAAUAGGCUUAUGCAAGUAACUACAAUGGAAAGAUACUUGAGAUACCAUGUUCAGGGUUUUGAGAAAGCAUUUACUGUCAAAUUUCCAGCUUGCUCUAUAGCUGCUAAGCGACACAUAGAUUCAAGUACAACAAUUUUGGAUGUUCAAGGAGUGGGUUUCAAAAACUUUACCAAGUCUGCAAGAGAACUCAUCAUCCAGAUGCAGAAGAUUGAUAAUGAUUACUAUCCUGAAACACUUUGCCAAAUGUUUAUCAUCAAUGGUGGUCCUGGUUUUAAGCUUCUCUGGAACACAGUGAAAACAUUUCUUGAUCCCAAAACUACUUCAAAGAUUCAUGUUCUUGGAAACAAGUUCCAAAGUAAAUUACUUGAGAUAAUUGAUGUGAGUGAGCUGCCAGAAUUUCUAGGCGGUAGUUGCACUUGUGUAGAUCAUGGCGGCUGUAUGAGAUCUGAUAAAGGGCCAUGGCAAGACCAAAACAUCUUAAAGAUGGUUCUUAGUGGUAAAGUGCAACGUUCUAGACAAAUAGUAACAGUUUCCAAGGACAAGGGGAGGGUGAUUGAGUGCGAUAAAACAUCUUAUCCAAUGAUAAGAAACGGCUAUACAUCUACUGGAGAAUCAGGAUCUGAAGCUGAAGAUAUCACCUCUCCCAAAGCAAGUGGAAAUUCUAUGAACCCUAUAUUGACUCCUGUCAAAGAAGAGGCAAAGUUUGUUGAUAAGGCAGGUCAUGGUGGCAGUUUCUCUGAGUAUGAUGAGUGUGUUCCCAUGGUCGACAAGACUGUUGAUGUUGGAUUGAAGGAGAAGCAAACAACAUCAGUUACACCACAAAACUCAUUUGGCUCAAAAGAUAAUCUGCUUAUGGUAACCAUGACUGCUACAGCUGGUUUCAUCUUUGCCCUUUUUGCUUUUGCUCGUUCAAUAGCAUUUCGUGCGACAAAGGGAAUAAAAAAGGAGGAACUUGCUACCGGAUUUACGAAGACAAACCUCUCCCCAUCUUCUACCUUAAGACGCCUUGAUGAGCUUGAAGAAAAAGUUGAGAUGCUUCAGUCAAAAGUGAAUGUGAUGCCACGUGAGAAAGAGGAGCUGCUGAAUGCUGCAGUUUGUCGUGUGGAUGCAUUGGAAGCAGAGCUCAUUGCUACCAAGAAGGCUUUGUAUGAGGCUUUAAUAAGACAAGAAGAACUUUUGGCAUACACAGACAGUCAGAAAAAAAGCAAAUUCAAGUGCUGGUAAAGGGACGGUGGCUCUCUCUCUCUCUCUCCUUGCAUGCAUGUGUCUCAGGAGAAUAAAUUGACAUGUAUAAUAAUGUAUAAAUUACAGUAAAUAAAGGUUCUGGAUGUCUGUUUCCAAUACAAAGUUCUUCAUUUGAAUGUGUUUGGGUAUUGACUAAUAUAAUAUCCACACAAUUUUUAACUUA